UUAAAUAAGAGUUGCUGCUUCCGCAUGGCCUUCAGCCCCUGGAGAUGAAUCCGCCAGGUCUUUUGACUUUUGUGGAUGACCUGUACAACAACAACAACGACAACAACAACAACAACGACAACAACAACGACAACAACAACGACAACAACAACAACAACAACAACAACAACAACAACAACAACAACAACAACAACAACAACAACAACAACAACAACAACAACAACAACAACAACAACAACAACAACAACAACAACAACAACAACAACAACAACAACAACAACAACAUAUUCAGUACCCAACGUCACAAGAAGCACUGUUCGUUGCACCAACUGUUGUCAAUCAAGCUGAAGACCUCAACUUCUUUUUAUGACCACAACUUCUAUACUUGGAGAUGCAAAAUUAAGCUCCUCGCGCAAUCUUUGGGUAUCUGGGGAUAAUUUGAUAGUACAAGCCAUUUCG